UGGAACCGGGCGGUCCGCUUUUUAGUAACAUCUGUUAAGCAAUUCAGGCGAAUAAUCAACAACCAUUCUCGACACUGCAGCCACAUUUUCAAAUUAAAAAAAAAAUCACAGCCUCCAUUAUUGGACCAUCAACAAAUAGAAAAUAGAUAAAGAAGUCGGCGCCGCCACCAGCCGAGAAAUCGCACGUAUAUAAUAGAGUUCAGCGGAGUGCUGUGGAGCUCUUCUGAUUUGAUUUGAUUGUUGAAUUUUUGAUCUGACAAUCAAACGCCAGAUAAGAGAAGAGAGUGAGAGAGAUGCAAGCUGUUGUGAUUAAUCCUACUUACUCCAGGCCCCACCAAACCCUAGACUCUGCUCCUUCUUCUUCUCGUCCUUUCAAGAGUUCAAGCUUGUUUAGCGCCAGAGUCUCACUCAAUCGAGGCCGCAAUCACCUGCGUCGCAUCCCCUGCCGCUCCGUUAGGCUCACACGAAGGCUAGUUGUAAGGGCUGUUGCUACUCCUAACUCAGCAUUGGAAUUACCGUUAACUGCGGAGAAUGUUGAGAGUGUAUUGGAUGAAGUUCGACCCUAUCUUAUUGCUGAUGGGGGUAAUGUGGCGUUACAUGAGAUUGAUGGUAAUGUUGUGCGGUUGAAGCUGCAAGGAGCCUGUGGUUCUUGUCCUAGUUCUGUUAUGACGAUGAAGAUGGGUAUUGAGCGGCGCUUAAUGGAAAAGAUUCCUGAAAUUGUUGCAGUUGAACCCAUUGCUGAUGAAGAAACUGGGCUUGAACUUAAUGAAGAAAAUAUAGAGAAGGUACUUGAAGAAAUUAGACCAUACCUUGUGGGGGCAGCUGGAGGAUCUCUUGAACUAGUGGCGAUUGAAGAGCCAAUAGCGAAAAUCCGAAUCACAGGUCCAGCAGCGGGAGUUAUGACUGUUCGAGUAGCUGUCACUCAAAAAUUACGGGAGAAAAUUCCAGCCAUUGCUGCGGUUCAACUUUUAUAACAUCCUUGCCAAUUAUUUAAUCUGCGCGGUUACAUCCUCGAAUAAUGAGAAUAAAAGAGAAGAGAAAGAGAAGAGACGCAUAAACCUGUAUAAAUAGUAUAAAACAGUGUGUACAGUUGAGUUUAGCUUGAAUACAAUUGAUGAAUGUUAUUUUGAAAAAUCCAGUUUAGAGAAAAUUUUAAGGAGCACAGAAUUUAGUGCAUCUUUAUUUUCCAUCUGUAGGCACACUUUUUCAGCAUUUGUUUCGCGGUAAUGUUGAAGUUUAAAACCUCCAGUUUCGCAUA